CCGUACAGGCCGGUGAGUAGUGUAGAGUCGGUGCGUGCGCGUCCGCUUUGUUUUUUUUUUUUUUUUUCACUAUCGUAAAACGUCGAAUACCGCAGAUCGCGGGCCGCCGCCGCCGCGUUCAUGCACAAUAUUGUUAUAUACAUAUACAAUCGUGUGUAUUGUACGUUCAUAAGGCGCGCGCGGGGAUGUACGCAGUACUAUCGCGCGUUAUAUAUAAUACGUAUUUUAUUAUUGUUGUUUUAUUUUGCGCUGACGUUCGGUGCGCGUGACCACGGCCGCAGCAGUUAGUAUUACUUUGACGACGACGGACAACGAGCGCCGCUGACAACAUCGUUGGUAACACCGAACCAAACUGACCUUGGACCGUGAGUUCCCCGGACGACGGUCACACUGCUUUGUCGAUACGUCGAUAAAAAGCGGAAAUUCUUGAUAAAAACGUUUGGAAAAUUUUCGUUUUCCGCGCGUUUAACGUGGAAAUCUUCAUCAAAAAUAGCGUAAAACGUUCGUCCGAACGAAUUUCAAGUGCACCGAACGUUCGACACGGGUUUCGCGAAUUACGCAUCAGCGGUGAAUUUUCCGUCAACUAUCGAUAGUUGAGGACCAAGAACAAUCGUUGACCGGACUACCGAUGACUGCCCCCGUUCCCCGUUGAUCUAUCACGACCCGUGAGUGCUUUAUUUACAUCCAGUUUUGUUGUCGAAAAAUAUAUUUCCCGUGUCCGAAUUCGCUUAAAAUACGCCGCUUUUGUCGUGCCGAACCAUCGCAGGUCGUCUGCGUAUCGCGUAACGUGUCCAGGGACGCAUUUGAACGGGCUACCUAGGUGUACACCAUCGGCGCUUAUCGGCUACAAACAUCAGCUCGGAUCACGUCAAUCUCAGACAUGGUGAGUACACGGUUCACGACCGCGGCAGCCUACUUUUUAACCAUUUUGUUGACGGCCGUGUUUACAUUGUGUACGGAAAUUUUUCCCGCGACCCUACUAAGACGAUGUCUUUGAGACCUGUGUAUACCGAUAUUCCGGACCGAUUUUGUCGUUUUCCGUUAUAUUUUUGGACGGCCCGAUCAAUUUUCACGGUCCCCAUUCGGAUUUAUCAUCUUUUCGGUGAUGUCUCGAAUAUAAUUUUCAACAUUAAAAUCGUACCCCUAUGUGCCCCGGGCCCCCUCUGAAUAGAUUUUGGGCAUUUUUGGUAGUUUUACAACGCUCCGAAAGAAUUUGAUACCUAUUUUGCACUGAUUUUUACUUUUUUUCAUACUUUUUCCACUAUCACUAGCUCUGAUAAUGCUCAUUGUUCCCGAUUUUCUCCUAUUUUCCGGCUUUUCUGAUUUUUUUUGGCCUCCAUAUCAACACAAUAAGAUGUCCAAGAAGAGCUAACAAUUAUUUCUUAUCCCAAUAAUUUUUACCAAACAGAGGUAGUUUUUUAAAAAACGUUAUAUUUUUUCCAUAUUUAUGAUAAUAGGUGUCUAUGUUUAAAUAUAUUUUCAGACUUUUCAUUUUAAAUUUAAACGUCUCAUAAAAUUAUCCGAGUAUAAAAAAAUAAACUCCCAAUCUACCUAUUUUUAAUUAAUAUUUAUUUAAGAAUUGAAUCAUGUUGAAAAUUAUUGUUUUAUGUGUGAUAUUUCCUAUUUUGAAUUUAGACAUUCAUUAUAAGUAUAUCAUAAUAUUAAUUACAGUACCUUUCGAUGAAUUAAUGAUAAUAAAAUAUUAAAAUAAUUAUAUACCUUAUUUAUUUAAAUAAUUCUUAACAUUUUCUUUAAUGCCUAAAAAAUUACCUAUAAAUCAUAAUACAACUAUUAUGUAAACAAUAAUAAUAACAAUGAUUGUUUGCUUUUCGAGUGUAUUUUUAUACAUGCUCACUGUUUUUGUUUACUACAAAUUUAUCUCAACAUAGAUAUACUUACACAUUUUUCAUUAAUUUAAAAUUUUGUGUGUUUAUUUAUAUAUAAUUUUUAGAUUUAAUUCAUUAUCAAUCUAAUUAUCAUAAUAUAUUAUGAGAUAUACCUAGUACUUUAGUAGGUAGUUUUAUAAAAUAUUUUUAAUCUUUAAAAAUUUGUUAUAACAGUUAUAAUUUUGAAGAAAUUUUAAUAGAUAAUUGUUCUUAGUGUUAUAAAUUAUAAUAGGUAAUUUUUUUUUAACAGUUAAUAAUUUUUGGGCCAUAGGUAUGCAAAUAACUAAAGAUGUAUAUUAAAAUUGAAUAAUGUUCCAUUGAAAUAAUAAUAAAUAUUCCAAAAUUCAAUAUCGAUAAUAUUUUAUUGUUGUAUUUUGUUUCACAAUUUAAUGUUGUCAAAUUUCUAUUUCUAUUGGAUAGUUAAAACAAGUAGUUUUUCAAUCAAGGCAAUAUAAAUCUUUAUAGAUGUAGUUUUUUUUAUUUCUUUAUUGAUGCCCAGACUAUUUUGAACAUUUGGAAAAUUAAUGAAUUACUCAAACUUUAUUUAUUUCAAUAGUCAGUGCCCAUGAACUAAGUUUUAUUAUGUUAAUAGACUUGUGUUUAAAUAAAAUAACAAAAUAGUAAUUGGUAAACUUGUCUUCAAAAAUGUUGCUUUGAUGAUACAUGUUGGCAUAGAAUAAUAUGUACAUAUUAUACAGUAUAGUAAUUAAUAAUCUAUAGUAAUAUGCAUCACAAGCCCUGCAUUUUAAAAGAUGAGCUACCAUUAUUCUAUGUUUAGAUAAGCAAAAUAAGUUUAGUUUUAAAUUCCCAUUUUCAUUUUUAUGAAGGUACCUGUUUAUAACCUAUUGUCUAAUUGCAAAUAAAUUCAAAAACUUAAAUAAAUUUUGAAAGAACUUUUAAAAAGUGUCUUAAAUUUAUAUUAAGUAUUAGGUACAUUUUGUAAAUUAAAUAGGUAUAUAACUUGAUCUUAUUAAAACAUUAAAUUAAGAUGUUGGUUUACAAAUAUAAAGCUAUCCAAAUGGAGAAUGAAAAAAAGUGUUUUUAUAUUAAAACAAUUCUAAUUGCAUUCAAUUAAAAUUAAACUAUAUACCUAAUAUAAUAAAUACUUAUUAAACUUAAUCUUUUUUUUUUUUUUUUAUAAAAACCCUUCAAAUGAAAUUUCGAUAUUACCUUGGUUUGAUGAUUUUAACAUUUCCAUUUUUUUUAAAAAUUUAAAUUUAAAAAAUAACUAAGCACUAACUAUACUUCUCUGUAUAACAUCUAUUAUACUGACUACAUUAUUCAAUAGUAGACUAUUUAAUUAACUAGAUAAAUACAUUAGUUUUGUAUUGAAAAACAAAAAUACCUAUAUAAUAUACAAUAUACAUAUUAUGGUAAUACAUUUGUAUGAAUGGUACAUUUUAUCCUUUUUUUUGCUUUUUACGGUUUUACACAUUAAUAUAAGUAUUGUAUAAUUUAUGUACAACUAUUAUACACAUUUUAUCAAUUUUAUAACCAAAAUAAGAAAUAUUAACUAUAAUAUGAAAUAACUACUGAUACACAAAAUCAAUUGAGAUUUUUUUCCUAUCAUUUAUCCAAAUAAGUAUGUUGGCGUAUUAUGAAAGUCUUAUUAAUAUUAUUUCUAUACAUUUCUAUUCUCGUAUAUCCUUAUUGUUCAACUUUAUUUUUAUGAAUUGCCCGGUUUUUAUUUUAAAUUUAAAUUUUAGAGGAUAGCUGGUCAACAUAUUUUACUUAUUUAUUUUAUUUCUUUGUCAAGUUUGUAUUUUGUAAACAUUAUAAAUUAAAAAUUGUAAAUAUAUUUGUAUGAUAAAACAAAACAUUUCAUUAAUACAGUUGGAUAAAUAUUGGGAAUCAGAUGUAUAAUGCAAAACACCUUAGUAAAUUAAAAUCAACACUUAUUGCUUAAUUUAGGUAUAGAACCUCAUGUUUUUUUUAAAGUUUUAUAGGUAGAUAAUAUAUAUUUGUAUAUAAUAAAAUAAAAACAAUUUUAACUUUAACCCACUACUCAUUUUAUCAUUUUAGAUUCUAAAUAGGGUGAAGAAUGUAUUGGUUUAACAAAGAUGUUUAUUUAUUUAUUAAUUUUUUUAUGUAAACAUUUUCUACCAAAGAAGCUUACUCCGAUGUAUACGAUGUAAACCCUUUUCUUAGGGUGGUGUUUUUUUAGAGGUUAUUUUUCGAUUUUCUCAGGAGUUCAAAACUCAUCAAAAGUGAAAAAAGGGAAAAUGUAUAAAUUAUAUUAGUAAAAUAUUAUGAUUUUUUUUUUUAUGGACAACUUUCCCACUAAUAAUUUUGCAACAAAUUAUAUUGAUAGCACUUUUUUGAAAGGAAUUCUGAGUGAGAAGGUACUAUAAACAGUUCAUUUUUUGAUAUUCCCAAGAGUUUUUCCAGCAAAUGUGAAAAACCAGGAAAAACGUGGGAAAACUGAGAAAUAUGUAGGAAAAACAGGAAAAUCAGUACAAUAUUAAUAUUGCAUUUAUUUUUGUUUUUAUAAAUUUAAUUGUAAGUAUUAUUAAAAUAGUAUUUUUAAUUUUAGGUUGAUUUUGCUGCCCAUGACGAAUUUGUGCUAUGACCUGGAUUUAUUAACUUGCUUCAAAUAUUAUAUUUUGUAAGUUGUUCAUUUUAUUUUACAUAAAAUAGGUUUUAGUGUUUUAAGUGUUAAAAUUGGUCAUAAUUAAUUUGAGCAAGAAGCCUAGACCUCGCUAGUCACUAUCUUAUUAAUUCAUAUUUAUUCUAUUCAAUAUCUACUUUUUUUUUAUGAAGAACACUGCAAAUCAGUAGCAGAUUUAGUUAGAAUUUAGUACUAUAAUAAAGUGUUUUCUAUCAUUAUAUAAUUUUACUAUUAUGAAUAACCUCUUAAAUAAAUAACCUCUUUCUUUUCCCCCCCAAAAAAAACUCAGGUCCACUACUGCUACUAAUUAAUUUAUUAUCUCUAUCUUACAAAUACACAGCAUAGAAGCAGAAUCAAUUUUAUGCCGUUAGGUUUAACACUGGAGUAAAUUAGUUUAAUAUCAAACUUGAAAGAGAGAACAUUAUCUGUGUUUAUAUGUUGGGUUACUUAAUUAUUUAAUUAUUUAUUUUUUAAGCAAGAUGAAAUAUGAAAUAUCAUAUGUGUCCUUUUAAAUGAAAAACUUAUGUUAUUAUUCCAGUAUUAAAAAAAUAAUAAUUAAAAAAAUAUAAGUAGGUAGGUAUUAAAUAUAUAAUAUAUUUAAUAUUAAUGUAUAAGUAUUUUCUAUGAAUUAAUGAAUUAGCAAAACUACUAUUUUAUAGUUAUUUUAAAAUACAUUACCUAUUGUUAUCCUCUAUAAAUAGCAUACUUAUUUAUAAUUUGUAAAAAUUAUUUAAUAAAAAUAUAUUAAAAUAUGUAUUUAUCAAAUUUUAUAAAUCAAAAAUUAUUUAUUUAGUAUAUUUAAUGAAAAAUAUUUACCUAGCUCAUAAGAAAUAUAACUUAUAAUAACUUUAUAAUUUACUUAUUAUUGAUUUUGAUUGUGUGAUACUUUCUUUCAAUUUUAUUAAUUAAUUUUUUUUUUUUUUUAGAUUGAACUACCUAACAUUUUUCAAAGAAAUUUAAACAUGCAAAAACCCAGGUAAAACAGCUGCAAAUGAAAUCUUCAACAAUCUGCCUCCAACAUAUUGUAAAAUGGAUUAUUUUACUGUAUAGUCAUUUUUCACAUACUGCUUAAUUAUGUGACUUAAUUAUAUUAUUUGUUGAUUCUUCAUUACUCAUUUUGAGUUUAUAAGAGUAUGACAUUAUGUAAAAUAGUUUUAGGACAUCGUGCAAUUUUUGUUAACAUGUAAUUGUUACUAGUAAUUUUUACUAGGUUUUAUCUGUUUUUAAGUUUUUAAAAAAAAAAAUAUGUCUGACCUAAUGGUGGAUAGUCCUCCUAACAAGAGGCCAAAGUUGGAAGAUCCAUUUCAAGGGUCUUCUGAUUCGUCUGGUGUCUAUUCCAGUAAUGAGAUGUUUGAUCUCGAGAAUGAUCUCCCUGAUGAGCUUAUCAGUGCAACACCAUGGAACCAACAACCUGAUAUCAAGCAAAAUCAUGGUCCUCAAAUACCACUGCAAAAUGGUAUGAUUGUUCAACAAAAUAAUCCACAACAGCUUCAGCAACAAAAUAUUCCACAACGAUUAGUAGUCACCCAAUCGCAGUUAGCCCACCAUUUUAUGGGCAACAAACACCUUGUACCCAGCUCUGCUAUGACUAUGAACAAACCAAUAAAUCCAAACAUGCCUUCACCAAAUGUUUUGGUUAGUAAGUCAGGAGAGCCGAUGGUAGUUAAUAUGGGAAAUACAGGUCUUAAUUCCAGUCAACUGCAAAAUAGUAUUGGUGGAAUGUCAAAUGUGAAUAUUAUGAUGGGGGGAAACAAUUUGGUUAAUAAUACAAUGCACAAUCCUCAUCAUGGAAUACCCCAGUCACAACAAAAUGGACCUAUGAUGGGAAGAAGCAUUCCUAUGCAUCAUCCACAGCAAAUACGCAAUCAGACUCAUCAACUUCAUAGUUUGCCAAUGAACACCCAACAAAGGUUACAAGCUGCUCCGAUAGGUGCAAUGAGCCCGGUGAAUAAUUUUAAUGCUUAUAACCAAAAUACCCAACCAAUCAAUGUUGUUCAACAACAACCGAUUGGUAUUGUUCGUCAAUCCGUACCAAGAUUUACUACUAACACUAAUGGAAUGUUGGUCGAUAAUCCGGUACCUUCCCAACCUCAAGUUAAUGUACGAUUGGGACAACAACAACAACAACAACAACAACAACAACAGCAACAACAACAACAACAAGGUAAUAUGGCCAUUCAAAAUGUGGUUGUGCCUCCUACUCAAGUAGUGUCUGCAGAUCGCAGUCAAGCUAAUCCAGAAAAACGUAAAAUGAUAACCCAACAACUUGUGUUAUUAUUGCACGCACAUCAGUGUCAGAGAAGGGAUAAUCAAGCCAACGGUGAAGUGAGACAAUGUCGUUUACAACAUUGUAAUACGAUGAAAGGAGUUUUAGCCCAUAUGACAAAUUGUUUAGCUGGUCGAAAUUGUAAUGUAGCUCAUUGUUCAUCAUCAAGACAAAUAAUAUCUCAUUGGAAACAAUGCACUAGACCAGAUUGUCCUAUUUGUCAACCUUUAAAAGCAUCAAAUAAUCGCACAGCUCUAGCCAACAACCAGACUCCAAAUACUACAGUAAUGAACGAUAUGAAUUGUUAUAAUACUGUUAAUAAUAAUCAAGUAAACCAAGUAGUACCUUGCGUUCCAAAUAAUGUUGGUAUAAGGACAGCUAUGCAAUCUCCAAUGACAACCCAUACUAAUGGUCCUAAUAAUAAUGUGUUAACACCUAAUCAAAAUACUAGAGUAUUAGUUCCACAUUCUCAACCUCAACCGACACCCAUAAUGAAUCCUACAGAUGUUGGAACAAGUUCUGUAAAUGAUAUGUUACAGUCUGUUACUAACACCACUGUGCAAGCCCCAUCUACCAUUCAACAACCUACGACAAAUAUACCUAAUUCUUUUAUAAUGACUACAAGUACUGACACAAUGACUACACAAAUGAAUAACCAAGCACAACCAAGUCAAUCAAUGCCAGGAAAUCACAUUGAAAGUAAAGAAUGGCACGAAUCUAUUACUCCUGAAUUGCGAAAUCAUUUAGUGCAUAAACUAGUACAAGCAAUUUUUCCGACGUAUGACCCUAAAGCAAUGCUAGACAAACGUAUGAACAAUUUGGUAGCUUAUGCCAGAAAAGUUGAAGGUGAUAUGUAUAAUGUCGCUAACUCUAGGUCAGAAUACUAUCACCGGUUAGCCCAGACGUUUUAUAAAAUACAGAAAGAGUUAGAAGAAAAAAUGCAGAAACGAAAAGAACAACAACAAAUGCAACAACAACAAUUGGGAACACAGCAGCCACAGACUAAUAACAUCAAUUCUCAGUGCUUCCCAGCUGGGUCUACACAAGGUUUGCCUUCACAGCAAACGCAAUCGCAGCAGCAACAACCUUUACAUCAUAAUUCAAUUCAACCUUCUCAACAAGUAGUGACAACAUCUGGCUUAAUGAAAACACAAAAUAUGCCAGACAGGGUGCAUUUUCCAAUUACUUCUCCUGUACCUGGACCAAGUCCAAAUCCAAAUUUACCUCAAACUACUUUUGGUUUGACUCAGCCACCUACCCAAAGUCCAAUUAAUACUAGUCAAUUUCCAUCUAACUCGCAGAUGAUAUCGAAUAUAUCUCAAGCUUCGUUCGCUCAACCACAAUUUACAAAUCAGUCGAUGAAUCAAAUACCUCAACAAUUGCAUUUACAGCAGCAGCAGCAACUGCAACAAGUACAACAGCAGCAGCAGCAGCAGCAACAACAACAGCAGCAGCAGCAGCAGCAGCAACAGCAACAACCACAAUUGCAACAGCAACCACAAUUACAGCAGCCUCAGCAGCACUUGAACAAUCCAAUGUUACAGCCCAAUCGGAUUAAUCAAAUAAAUAUGGAUAAAAUGGUUAAUGGACCUACAUCGAUAACUAAUAACACUAUGGUAUCAACUACAAGUCUACCAACAAUGAUGCCCAACAGUAUGGGUAAAGGAUAUCCAAGGUCAGAACCAUCAUCAAUAAGUCAUUCAAGUCAAAUGAAUGCUAUUGCUUCUGCAUUAGCACAAGACGACUCUCCAAAAGAUGUCAAAGGUGAAAUAAAAGAUGAAUAUGAUGAUAGUAAUGACGGAAAAGGAGCUUAUGGAAAGGGUAAAAUGAAUUCUGAAACACCAUCAGAAUCAGUGAAAGUUGAAAUUAAACAGGAACGUGAUGAUAAUACUGCUUCAAGUUCAAUAAAAAUGGAAGUCAAAAUCAAAGAGGAACCAAUGAGUCCUAAAUCAAACAUCACUUCGGAUAUUAAACCAUUCGAACCAACUACUUCAGACAGUAAAACUGCCAUAAAAAAAUGUGUAUUUAGACCCGAUGAACUUAGACAAGCUUUAAUGCCUACUCUUGAAAAAUUAUAUAAACAGGAACCUGAAGCAGAUCCUUUCAAACAACCUGUUGAUCCUCAAGCACUUAAUAUACCUGACUAUUUUAUUAUUAUUAAAAAACCAAUGGAUUUGUCUACAAUUAGGGAAAAGCUUAACACCGGUCAGUAUUCAGACCCCUGGAGUUACGUUGACGAUAUUUGGUUGAUGUUUGAAAAUGCUUGGCAUUAUAAUAAAAAGUCGACAAAAGUGUACAAAUCAUGUACAAAACUUUCUGAAGUUUUCGAACAAGAAAUUUACCCUGUUAUGAGAAGUCUUGGUUACUGCUGUGGGCGUAAAUACACAUUUAAUCCACAAGUACUAUGUUGUUUUGGCAAGCAAUUGUGUACUAUUCCAAGAGAUGCUAAAUAUUUUAGUUUUGAAAAUAGGUAUAUAUAUUGUGUUAAAUGUUUUAACGAUAUACCUGGUGAAGCUGUAACAUUGGGUGAAGACCCUACACAAGCCCAACAAGUCAUUAAAAAAGAACAAUUUAUGGAAAUGAAAAAUGAUCACUUAGAAUUAGAACCAUUUAUAAUGUGUACUCAUUGUGGAAGGAAACUUCAUCAAAUAUGUGUACUACAUAACGAGAAUAUUAAUCCACAAGGGUAUGUUUGUGAUAACUGUAUAAAGAAACGUGGGGAAAAACGUAAAGACAAUAAAUUCAAUGCCAAAAAAUUAGCAAUCACAAAAUUAGGUACAUAUAUUGAAACAAGAGUGAACAAUUUUCUUAAGAAAAAGGAAGCGGGAGCUGGUGAAGUUGCUAUUCGUGUUGUUUCGAGUUCUGACAAAAUAGUUGAAGUGAAACCUGGAAUGCGAAAUCGUUUUGUUGAUAAUGGAGAUAUGGUAGGAGAAUUCCCAUAUAGAGCAAAAGCUCUUUAUGCAUUUGAAGAAAUUGAUGGAACUGAUGUUUGCUUUUUUGGUAUGCAUGUCCAGGAAUAUGGAUCUGAAGCUCCGUCGCCAAAUACAAGAAGAGUUUAUAUUGCAUAUUUGGAUUCUGUUAACUUUUUCAGGCCUAAACAGUACAGAACUUAUGUAUAUCAUGAAAUAUUAUUGGGUUAUCUUGAUUAUGUAAAACAGUUGGGAUACACCAUGGCUCACAUUUGGGCUUGUCCCCCAUCUGAAGGAGAUGAUUAUAUAUUCCACUGCCAUCCACCUGAACAAAAGAUACCAAAACCAAAACGUUUACAAGAAUGGUAUAAGAAAAUGCUAGAUAAAGGUAUCAUUGAACGCAUAAUUCUCGACUAUAAAGAUAUUUUGAAACAAGCAAUUGAAGAUAAAUUAAGUUCAGCAGCUGAAUUGCCUUACUUUGAAGGUGACUUUUGGCCAAACGCUUUAGAAGACAGUAUAAAAGAACUGGACCAAGAAGAAGAACAAAAAAGAAAACUAGCCGAAGCUGAAGAAUCUGUUGAAAUGUGUGUAAGUGACGAAGUUGAAAUUGGACCUGAUGGAAAGAAAAAGGGUCUACAAAAAGCUAAAAAAUCAAAUAAGUCUAAGUCCAGUCAAAGAAAAAGUAGUUCAAAGAAAACAAUGUUACCUCAAACAAGCAGUGAUCUUUCUGCUAAAAUUUUUGACAAUAUGGAUAAACAUAAAGAAGUAUUUUUUGUAAUUAGAUUACACAGUGUACAGUCUGCUGCUGCAUUAGGAGCGAUACAAGAUCCAGAUCCAUUAAUAAGCUGUGAUUUAAUGGACGGCAGAGAUGCUUUUUUAACCAUGGCUCGAGAAAAACAUUAUGAAUUUUCUUCGCUUAGGAGAGCAAAGUUUUCUUCUAUGGCAAUGUUGUAUGAACUUCAUAAUCAAGGACAAGACAAGUUUGUUUACACAUGUAAUAGUUGCAAAUCUCAUGUAGAAACAAGAUACCACUGUACUGUUUGUGAUGAUUUCGAUUUGUGUAUUACUUGUUAUGAAAAAGAAAAACAUCCACAUACUAUGGAAAAACUUGGUCUUGAUUUGGAUGAUGGAUCAUCUCCCGGAGAUCAAAAACAAGCAGAUCCUCAAGAAGCUAGAAAAUUGUCUAUCCGUCGGUGCAUACUAUCACUUGUACAUGCUUGCCAAUGCAGAGAUGCAAAUUGUCGUUUAGCAAGUUGUCAACGUAUGAAAAGAGUUGUACAGCACGUUAAACUGUGUAAAACUAAAUCUAACGGUAACUGUCCGAUAUGUAAACAAUAUAUUGCCCUUUGCUUCCACCAUGCAAAGUAUUGUACUGAAGCCAAGUGUCCGGUAUUAUUCUGUCCAAACAUGAAACACAAGAUCAAACAACAACAACUGCAACAAAGAUUACAACAAGCACAAUUAUUGAGAAGACGGAUGGCUAUUAUGAAUACAGGUACUCUGGGGACAGAAAACACGGCCCCUGUUGUAGCUGCACCACAACAUAAUAUGCCAAUUCAACCAAAAAUGAUACCUCACAAAACUCCAGUAAUGGUUCCUGGGAAACAAACACCACCUGCCAAUGUUUUACAAGUAGUCAAACAAGUACAAGAAGAAGCAGCACGUCAACAUGAUAAUGUGGGAUACGGAAAAGGUGUUCCUCAACCACAGAUGCAACGAACACAUAUGCAGAUUGCUCCACCCGCUCCUCAACAAGUCAACCAAUGGGUUACUGAACCCAAUUACAAUCAAAUGAUGAUGCAGCAACAACAGCAGCAGCAGCAACAACAACAAGUACAACAGCAAAGGCAAAUGAACCUACCUCAACAACAAAUGAUAAUCAAUAAUCAACAAAAUGCAAUGCUUCAACAACAACAAGUCAUGGGAAACAGGCCUCAAGGUUAUCAACAAAAUCCUAAUCAAGUGCCCAAUCAAUCGUUGCAACAAUUGGUUAAUGCGUUACGCACCACUGGCGAUAGUCAACCUGAACAACAACAACGCCUCAGAGAAAUACUGAGGAGUAACCCACAGUUGUUAGCCCAAUUCAUCAGGAACCAACGACAAAGACAAAUGUUCCAACAACAACAACAACAACAAGGUGGAGCUAUCGCUCCUCCUAUGUAUCCUCAACAAAUGCAAGGGCAACAGCAACCUGGUCCACAGGGUCCUAAUCAGCCUCAAUCAAAUAUGCAAAAUCGAAUGCAUUUAUAAUUAUUUAAAAAAUUUGAGCUUAUUUAAAAUAAUGGUGUUGUUUCUAUUAUGUACAUUUAUUAAUGUAAAUAUGGCAGCUUAAAGUACAAAAUAACAAUUUUGUAAAGUAAUUUGAUCGGCCGCGUUGACUUAUGUAUGACUUGUGUAUAUUUGUUUUGCUAUUGUUGUUGUUAUCUAGUUAGAGAAAUGUAAUUAAGGACGUUCUCCUUAACAUUGAAACCAUGAAAAAAAUUUUAAUUUCCUACUUUAGUAAAAUAAUAUUUGUUGAUUUUUCCUUCUGUAUAGGAAUAAUAAUAUUAUUAAUAUGUAAUAUUUUAUUUACAAUUUUGUACUCCUAGACAUUCUGUUAUUAUAUAUAUUUAUUAUUAUAUUAUUAUCAUUAUUAUUAUUAUGUAUAGAAAUAUUAUUUUUUAAGGGAUAUAUAAUUUAUAAAAUGGGGAAUUGCCAACUAGAUGGUUUUAUCCAACUUAUUUAUUCAAUGUUUUAUUUUUAUUUUUUUUUAUACACAAUAUAUAUUAUAAUCUUUUAACAGCUUUUUUAAGAUAGCCGUGUAAGGCUUCUUGUUUGUCCUUAGUCUUUAAAUAAUGUAACUUAAGGUUUUUUUUUAUUAUUAUUAUAUAAUUUAAGUUAUACAUUUAAAGACAUUGAGGGACAUUUGUUUCCAAUAAGAUUAAAAAUAUAUGUAGAUAUAUAUAUUUAUUUACGGAACCAUUCUGCUUAGUCAGACUAAAUAAAAUGUUUAUUAAUAUUUAGAGAGGAUACUGUAAUAAAUAAUUGUAAGAAAUUGAUAUAAAUAUGUUAUAAAUAGUUGCAUAAAAUUGAAAAGAAAAAAAACAUAUACAUAUUAUUAUAUUGACUUUGUAAAUAUACAUUGAAACCAUAAAAUAAGACAAUUAUACAAAUUGAUUUUA